UAUCUGAUUUGGCCCAAGCGCAGUCGCAGCGUCGCGAUCUUAGCUGACUGACAGUUACCCUAUACCCUCGGGACGGUAGACCUCACGCGACCCGAGCACUCACGAUGUUUUCUUCCACGUCAAACCAGGAACUUCGUCGUUCCAUCUUGCUGGCGUUCCUCACGGUGAUGUGCGCAGCCGCGUUCUUCCCAGGUCUGGCAGCCACAGCGAUCCUGCAAGUCGUACCUUACUUGCCCGACGGCUCGAACGCGACCGAGGAGUUCGGCCUGCUUGUGCUCCUCAUCGCCUGCGAGGUGUGCCGCGUUACGCUUUUCGCCGCCCCGAAGAAGAAGGCCUCCAAGGUGGACAAGUUCGCGCCCGCGGGGGCGGAGGAGGCCCCGCGCGCGCCCCGGCGCCCGCCGCCGGCUGGGGGCGUCGCCCGCGAGGUCGCCGCAAGGGUGCGCGACGGGCAGCUGACGGAGGCCGAGGCGCUGAUGGAGCGCCUGGGCGAGCAGCUGGGCUCGGAGCCCGCCGCGGCGUCCUGCCGCUCGCUCGUCCUGGCGCUCACCCGGGAGGGCGAGUUCGGGCGCGCCGAGAGGUGGCUGAAGGAGCUCACGCGGGCGCCGGGGGGCGCCGGCGCCCCGGCGCGCUUCGCCGGCGCCGUCGUCUCCGCGAGGGCCAGGCACGGCGACGCGUGCGGCGCGGAGGCCUGGCUGGAGGGGAUGGUGGCGGACGGCGUCGCGCUCGACGAGACGGCCUACAACGCUCUGAUCUACGCCUUCGCGCUGGAGGCCGAUGCGGGCCGCGCGGAGGGCUGGCUGCGCCGCAUGCGCGCUGAGGGCGUGGCGCCAGAUCUGACGGCCUACAGCUCCGUGUUGCACGCGUGCGCCAGGGCCGGGGACGUCGACCGCGCGGAGGCCUGGGUCAAGAGGAUGGUGGCGGACGGAACCGAGCCAAACGUCAUCUGUUACAACGCCGUCGUGCAGGCCUGCGCCACGGCGAACGACUGCGCCCGAGCCUCGCAUUGUGUCCAGCGCAUGAUCGAGGAGGGGGUCGAGCCGGGGCUGCGGACCUACAACAUCUUGAUCGGUGCGUUCGCAAAGAGUGGCGACGCGGACAAGGCCGACACCUGGCUGCGCAGGAUGGUGGACCGCGGGGUGAAGCCCGAUGUGGCGACGUACGUCACGGUCCUCAACGCGUGCAGCAAGGCCGCGGACGUCAAUAGGGCGAACGCCGUCUUCGAGCACAUGUGUGCGCAGGAGGUCGCGCCGAACGGCAGUGUGUUCAACCUCCUCAUCGGCCUCCACGGCCGCGUCAACGACGCCUGCGGAGCGGCGCGGUGGCUGCGCAUCAUGCGCGAGGCUGGCUUCGUUGCCGACCGCAUCACGUUCAUCACGGCGGUGAAGGCGCUGCCCCGCAGCGACGACGUGCCCGGGGCAGAGGCCAUCUUCAGGGAGAUGUUUGCUUCCAGGCUGGACCCGGACGUCGUGGCGUACAAUAUGAUCAUAACGACGUGCGCCCGCUCUGGUGACCUGGAGAGGGCCAUCGGCUGGUUUCAGGAGAUGGUCAACAGGGGCCUGCAGCCGGACACCGUCAGCUACAGCUCGGUGGUGAAUGCCUGCGCCAAAGCGAACGACGCAGACCGCGCGGAGGAGUGGCUGAGCAAAAUGAUCGCCGACGGCGUGGAGGCCAACGCGAUCUGCUACAACCAGGUCAUCCACGCGUGCGUGCGCAGCGGCGACGCCACGCGUGCUGCGCUCUGGAUUGACCGGAUGACUGCUCGCGGCGUGUCGCCCACCGCGCGGAGUUUCAACACCCUCAUCAGCAUGCACGUCAAGGCGGGCAACGUGCCCGAGGCGGAGAGGUGGUUCGACAAGAUGGUGUCGGCCGGGCUGGAGCCCGACGUGGUGAGCUUCAACACCGUCAUCGCGGCCUGCGCGAAAGGCGCGGACAUCCCCCGCGCCGAGAGGUGGCUCUCCAGGAUGGCGCCCGCCGGCCUUGCCCCCGACGUCACAAGCUACAACGCCGUCGCGGACGCCUGCGUGCGCGCGGGCGACGUGGAGCGCGCCGAGGCCUGGUUUGAGCACAUGGUGGCCUCGGGCCUGCGCCCGGACGUCGUCAGCUACACCACCGUGGUGCACGCCCAUGCCAAGGGCGGCGACGUCGACCGCGCCGAGGCCUGGCUGCUGCGCAUGGACCGCGACGGCGUGCCCCCCACCGCGCCCACGUUCCACACGCUCGUCGGCGCGUGCGGCCGCGCCGGCGACGCGGCCCGCGGCCAGCGGCUGCAGGCGGAGAUGCGGCGCAGGGGGCUCUGAGCCGAGCGCCGCGGCGCGGGCGUGCUAGGGGCGCUGAGCAAGCCACCCCACCCAGCGGUGGUCGCAGCCGUGCGCAUCAUCAUCA